AUGUUUCAUUUGAUCCCUGUGUCUUCGUGUAAUGGGAAGAUCAAUCAUAUUGAGAGCAAUGAGUGUCAGGCUUUUGAUGGGAUGCACCACGGUAAACCAGGCAUGGCUCUCCGUCACUGUGCAGUGUGCACCCAGCGUUCCGCUGGGAAGCUGGCUCUCACACCGGGUGUGCGCGUGUAUGUGCAGAGUACCACCCGGCUGCCCAGAGAUGGGGAGGUUCCAGGAGUAGACUAUAAUUUCAUCAGCGUGGGGGAUUUUCGCAUCCUGGAAGAGAGUGGAUUACUGCUGGAGAGCGGAACAUAUGAUGGUAACUUCUAUGGCACUCCCAAACCUCCUGCGGAGCCCAACUUGAUUCAGCCUGACCUGGUCGACCAGGUUUUGUUUGAGGAGGAUUAUGGCACCGAAGUCCAACGAAAGCGAACAACCUCCGUCAGCAAGAUGGACCGCAAGGACAGUGUGGUCCCUGAGGAGGAAGAGGAUGAGGAACGGCCACAGCUGCCAAACGGCAUCCCAGAGAGGACAGAGGAGUGGAGGAAAGCUGUGCCCAGCUACACUCAGUCCAGUGGUGGAGGCAGUGCAGGUGGCAGUGGGACUCUGGAAGUCCGCACCUGGAGCUCUUUAGCCAGAGACGAAAGCCUGGAGCCCCUGCCAUACAACUGGGAAAUGGCCUACACGGAGACAGGCAUGGUCUACUUCAUAGACCACAACACAAAAUCGACUACGUGGUUGGACCCUCGUCUGGUCAAAAAAGCCAAGCCCCCUGAAAAGUGUGAGGAUGGAGAACUUCCAUAUGGAUGGGAGGAGAUUGAUGACCCGCAGUAUGGCACAUACUACGUUGAUCACAUAAACCAGAGAACCCAGUUUGAAAAUCCGGUUCUAGAGGCCAAGAGGAAACUCGGUUUGGACACUGCAGUCGCAACUCAGACCCAACAGAGGGCAGCACCUCCUCCAGGGGGAGCUGCUGGUACGCUGGGGUUCUCGCGGGACCCAACCCAGCUGAAGGGGGAGCUGUAUCACACGGCUCUCAGGAAGAGCCAGCAGGGCUUUGGUUUCACCAUCAUUGGUGGAGACCGACCUGAUGAGUUCCUACAGGUGAAGAACGUUCUUGCUGAUGGCCCGGCCGCCCAGGACAACAAGAUGGCCUCUGGUGAUGUAAUUGUGGAAAUCAACGGCACACUUGUCUUAGGCAAGACCCACGCCGACGUGGUCCACAUGUUCCAGUGCAUCCCAAUUAAUCAGUACGUUGACAUGGUCCUCUGUCGUGGAUACUUGCUUCCCCCUGACGUGGACGUGGACAGCGAGGACCUUCCCCCUCCACCUCCACCUCCGACAGGAGAGAUCGUAACCGCCGUACCCCUCAUCAAUGGCCAGCCACUGCUGGUCAAAGGUGACGCCCUUCACGGCUCCUCCCAAGAGCUUCACUACGUAACCACAGACGCCAGUGGGCGGCCGGUGGUCGCUGCUCUUCCAGGAGGCAGCAGCAGCAGUGCAAUUGACAGGCCCAAGACGGGGAUGCUGCAGCCGGAGCUGGUGAGCGUGCCAAUCGUGAAGGGACCUGGAGGAUUUGGCUUCGCCAUUGCAGACUGUCCUCUGGGGCAGAAGGUGAAAAUGAUCCUGGAUGAGCAGUGGUGCCGAGGCCUGUUGAAAGGAGACGUGAUAAAAGAGAUUAACAGGCAGAACGUGCAAACGCUGAGCCACGCGCAGGUGGUGGAUAUACUGAAGGACCUCCCGGUGGGCAGCGAGGUGAAUCUGUUGGUGUUGAGAGGAGGUCAGACGUCGCCUGUGAAGAGUUUAAGACCUAGACCGGGGUUGAGUGCCAGCACUGAAACUCUGGACCGUUGCCAUGACAUCAUGGUUCCCCAGGCUUUAACCUAUCACUCAAACACACUGCCAUGCAGCUCUCCAAAACAAGACGCUUCCCUCCACUACAGCAAACCCAAAGCCUUGCCGGAGAGCAUAGUACCUCACUAUAAAGAGUUGGACGUGUUCAUCAAGAGAGAUCAGGAGACAGGCUUUGGCUUCCGUGUGCUUGGAGGAGAAGGUGCAGAACAACCAGUCUACAUUGGUGCCAUCAUUCCCCAGGGGGCGGCAGAGAAGGAAGGCCGUCUGAGGGCCGGAGAUGAGCUCGUUGGUAUCGAUGGCAUCACUGUGAAGGGGAAAUCUCACAAACAAGUUCUGGAUCUGAUGACUAACGCAGCACGCAACGGACAAGUGCUGCUUUCAGUGCGCAGGAAGGUCAUUUACAGAGAUGCCCUGGAGGAUGUUGGGAGCGGAGCGUUGACCCUUGUGAAUGGCUCACCUCAGCUUCCACGUAUCCGGGUGCCAAGCAUCAAGAACCAGGGGUCGUUUGAUAUCACGCUCCAUCGUAAAGAUAACGAGGGCUUUGGCUUUGUCAUUCUCACAUCGAAGAGCAAACCGCCUCCUGGAGUGAUUCCUCAUAAGAUCGGUCGAAUAAUCGAGGGCAGUCCGACUGACCGCUGCGGACUGCUGAACGUGGGUGACCGCAUUUCCGCUGUGAACAGCCAGUCCAUUGUGGAGCUCUCUCACAACGACAUUGUUCAGCUUAUCAAAGACGCGGGGAACUCCGUCACACUCACCGUGGUUCCUGAGGACGAGUACAAAGGCCCACCCUCAGGAGCCAGUUCGGCCAAACAAAGUCCAGCACCGCAGCACAAGAUUCUCAAAUCCACUCAGGAUGAGAGAUAUAAUUUGGAUAUGGAUGAGAUCAGGGAUGAGCUCGUACGGACAGAGUAUAAAGCUCUUCCCAUGAGUGAACAGGGAACGCUGUGUGUCGCCAACUCCAAACAGGGCUGUAUUGCGGUAGAGUUGGAGCGUGGACCUCGUGGUUUUGGCUUCAGUCUGAGAGGAGGAACGGAGUAUAACAUGGGCCUCUACAUCCUGCGGCUGGCUGAGGACGGCCCUGCUCUACAGGACGGCAGGAUACUCGUAGGAGAUCAGGUAGUGGAGAUCAAUGGAGAACAGACGCAAGGCAUUAGUCACACCAGAGCCAUUGAGCUGAUCCAAGCUGGAGGAAACAAAGUGCUACUGUUACUGCGACCGCAAGCCCUCUUAUCAGAGAACAGAGAUGUUAUCCUUCCUGAUCCGCCGGGAGCCAACACUUCCAACAUUCCUCUCAGUUCUCCUCUCCUUCAUCCGCCAUCCACCUCAGCGAAGAAGGAAACGUCAGACCUGACAAGCUCCUUUGCCCGUUCUCGCGACUCCUUGGAUCUGGCCUGCGAGGAUCCUCGCUCUAAAGACAGCAAGAGGGAGAAGCGUGCCAAACCACCAAACACCAGCUCUUCCAGAGUCCCGCAGCAACGGCGCAUCAAGAGUCGGUCCGCUGAGAAUCUCCUUGAUCUCGGAGAUACAGAGAAAUCCAAAAGCCCAUCCAAAGACAAAGCUUGCAGCCACAAAGAAAAUCUGCAACAAAGCACUCGAGACUCCCACAAGAACAGAAAGUCUUGCCAACAUAGUCGCUCAGUCAGUCCCCAGAAGUCAAAGCGUGAAGGACAGGAAGUAGUAAUUGGCGAAGCGCAGGGACGGAAAAAGGAACGUCGUGUGAAGGGGAAAGCGAGCGUGGACCAGAAGAAAAGUGACGCUGAAAGAAGGAAAAAACAGGAAUCUAGAGGAAGGAAACUAAAUGAGACCCAAGAAGGGGAGGAGAGGUGGAGAGCUGAGAGAAAAGUGAAAAACAAAGGAGAGGAUGAAGUGCUUGAGCCAAAAGGGGAAAUGGAGCUCAAAAGCACCCGAAAGAAGAAAAAACAGAGAGAUAGAGACAUGCGAAAUGAGGACACCCACAUAUCGAGCAGAAAGGGAGACAAGAAGAGCAGACAAACAAAGGAUAAGGGGGAUCAAAUGGAAGAAAACAGGAAGGAAAUGAUUACAGAUAAGAAUGAAAGCAAAAGAAAAGGAAAUGAGAGCGAAGACAGGAAAGACGACAUUGUCACCACAGAUGUGGCUCCAGUCACCACCAGGGCGAGUCUAGUCUUUGACCACCCUGGACCCUUGAGCGACGGCCUUUGGGAGAUCCCUAGUUUUGCACGUAUCCUCACGCACGAGGAAGCGAUGCGAGAUGUUUGCGAAUAGUUUGGCGAUCCUUGGGAAUAGAAGGUUUAAGGCCAGAAACAUACACAAGUACGUGAAUGCAAACGCUUCUAGCUGUGAUUUCACACAGUUCAUCAUGGAUUGCAAAUUGCAUUCUCAACAUUUCAGCACUAUCGUGGGAAUAUCGCGAGUUAGUUAAACUGUCGACAUGUUUAUAGCUAGCUACCUAAAUAACAUCACAUCUGGUUUAUUGGCACAGACAUUUGAAGAAAACUAGAGUACAAGACUAAGCAUCUUCAAGGGGUAGUCAAAGUAUUCAAGGGGCUGAUUGAGAUUUCUUUAUACAUCUAUGUACAGCAGGUCAGUGUUUCAAGCAUUUGCACUUGUGUGGAACAUUGCCUAGCCAAACUUCUCCUAACAUGUUCCUUAUACUGUAAAAAAAAUCUGAUGUUGAGUUUAAUAAUAUUAAAUUUAUGGAAAAAUUGAUACAGCAUAUAAUACAUUCUACUGCAUAAACUCAAAAAUAAAAAAAGUUUGUUACUUGUGAAUUGUGGCUUGCAAAUAAGCCUCAUGUUGUUCCAAACCUUUUUUUUCUUCUG